AUGCCGUACCUCAGCCGGCGCACCGUCCGGGGCCUCCUCGCCCGCUCGCGCACCCGCCACAGCUCCUCCUGCCAAGAAUCAUUGCCCGCGCCGUGCACAGCCUCGGUACCCGGUAAGAUCGAGUCGCCCGAUGCUCCGACGACCUCUGCUUGCGCACCUGCGGGCGUAGCAGCCGCCGCGUCCCUGACGAGCAGCACGCACGCCGUCACGGCCCGCGAGGGCAGCAGCAGCAGCAGCAGCAGCUCGCCGCCGCCGGUCUCGCUCGCACUACUAGGAUCGCAGACCACCGGCGAGCAGCAGACGCACAGCUCGGAAAGCACGCAGCCAUCAAGCACCGCCAUUGCCUACUUGGAAGCCGGCAUACCCAUUACCGGCACCGACGCCGCGCCGCCGCCCGUCUUUGCGCCCCUGGUCAGCGGCCAUGUCGCGACGACCGACUCGCCCCCGUACGAGUUCAACGGACUGUUUGCCGUGCCGGCGUCGAGCUACAACCCGCCCAUGACGUCCAGCGCACCGCCGCUGUACCAGCCGCGCGCCGCCGAGGACGAGGUGUUUCCGCAGCUCGCGUUUACGCCGUUUCACCGCAACGCGCUUGCGGCUCGCAGCGGCGAGCAGGUAGAGCACGAACUACCCGGCGAUGACCGCUUCCCUAGCUUCGCUGGCUCCCGCGUCGUCAACGGCUCCUGGCUCAGCGGCCGGUUCGAGCCUUUCACGGUCGGUGGCCGCACAUUCUUCUGCCCCGUGGACCUGCUGCUUCGGUACCCGCACUGGCAACUGCUGCUCAGCCUCGAGCGGCCGGCGCACGGCUGGGUGCUGUCCACGACGAUUGACCCCGCCAUUUUCGCGCUCGUGCUCGAGGCGCUCAUCAGCCCGGCGGGCUUCGACGGCACCGAGCCCGGCCUGAGCCUGGUCAAGCUGGCGCUCGCCGCGCGGCAGGCGCACGACUGGGGCAUGGACCGCGAGGUGUUCAAGCUGGUGGCGAGCGUGCGGCGGUUCGUCGCGCGGCGCGUGCUGUACCGCAACCCGCACCGGCCCGACGCGCAGGGCGUCAUGGACCACCACUACUUUGUGCACCGCUCCGAGGACAUUGUGCGCGCGUGGCGCGUCGCCCGGCGCGCGCCCCCGGCCCUGCAGGCGUGUCUCGCGCCCGCCGAGCUCGUCCAGCUGUACGCGCUCGCCGUCCCGCGCGACCUGUGGCCCGCGCUGACGGCCGAGUUCUGCGACGAGUUUGCCGCCCAGAUCGACCUUGCCGCCCGCCUGCGCGUCGUCCCGGAGGAGGUCGACUACCACGACUGGUGGCUGCGCUGGUUCCGCCUCGCCGGCUGCUUGGACUAUGACUGGAUCGCAGACGUGCCGGACGUCCUCAACUUAUUCUUUCGCAGCCAGGAGGAGGCCGCGCAGGCGAACGCGGACCAGGAUCGCAUAGUGCAGGCGACUGAGGGGGCUGCGGUGGACGGAAUGCCGGCUGCGCCGCGUGGUGCCACUGCUGCGGCGGAGGGUCCGUAA